ACCCAUUCCCUUUCUGGUCCAUGUGAUUGCCGCUUGGGUUGACAUAUGAGAGUUGAGACCACGCGUUCAAUCGCUAUUAUAACCUCGGAUACUCCAAAAACUAUUUUGUCUACAAAAAGUACACAGUGUUUAGGUAUCGUUCCAUGUGAUAUAAAAUGUCUUUCAAGGACAAUUUCAACGUCUUCGUCGGCGGCAAGUCGGGCAUAUUCAAAGGAGUCCGAGUUAAAGAGAAAUCAUGUGUUAUGAAAAACAUACAGAAUUUGGUAUCCAUCACCGAUGACCACGAAGUGUCCUGCAUGACUUGGGGCGACGACGACGAGAAAGAAAUCCUCGUAGGCUGUGGAUCUAAAGGAGUCAGGAGUGUGAAAACCUACGACACAGAGAAUCACUCGUUUAAGACGUCAUUCGUCUGUGAACUCGGCGAAGGAAACAUCACUGGGAUAGCCAGGUAUAACGGGAACAUUUUGACAGCAGUACAGUCUGGUCAGAUAAAGCUGUGGAGACAGAAGGAGAAGGAAGAGUUUUUGCUGAAUGCUGGAGAACAUUUGCUCCGUAUGCGACAGGCCAUUCAACAGAAGAAUGUCAUUGCGACUGGAGGUUUGGAGAACCCUUUGAAACUGUGGGAUUUGAACAAAAAAGUCAACACCUUCACAGCCAAAAAUGUUUCUCAUGACUGGCUUCAGUUGAGGGUUCCAAUUGGUGUUGCUGAUCUGUGCUUUCUGACUAACAAUAAGCAGGUGGUAACGGUUGGCAGAUAUGGUCACAUUCGUUUGUACGAUACUAAGGCUCAGAGGAGGCCUGUUGUUAACUUGGAAAUGAAGGAAGAAUCUCUGACCACAGUAUCCACUUGUGCCGAUGACAGGCAGGUAGUAUGUGGAACUGGCAGAGGAAGAAUGAACCUGGUGGAUCUGCGCAAAACUGGUAAAAUAUUAAACACGUACAAAGGCCCGGUAGGUGCAGUGACAUCGGUAGCAGUCAGCAAAAUGGAUUCUUGUAUAGUUAGCACAAGUUUUGAUAGGUAUCUUUAUAUACAUGAUGUGGAAAGCAAAAAACUGUUGAAGAAAGUCUACUUGACAUCAAAGUUAUCCAGUAUGGUCAUGCGUUCUGAAUUUUCAUUAAAGGAACCAGAAAAAGAAGAGAAUGCUGAAGACAGCUGUGAAGAAAUUUUUGAUGGAUCAGGGGAAGAAUACAGUGAUAAUGAUGACAGUGAAGAUGAUGACGAAGAAUCAAGUUGAACAUUGAGCUAAAUAUCCUAGAUUUGGACUGUAUUCUGAAGAAAUAAUAAUAAACUGCAAUUAUAUUAUUUCUAAUCUUUUCUAAACAAAGAUGUACAUAAAUAUUUUUUAAAAUAUUGUUAAUAUUAUGAAUAAAAGUAAUGAUUUUUUUCUUAUA